UUUUUGUUAUCAACCACCCACCAGCUGUUUGGAGCAAAAUAAACAAAGUAUAAUCAAUGUCUUUGGUGGCAGAUUAUAGCGAUUCUUCCGAAUCUGAUGAGGAUAAUACCAGCCAAUCGUCCGAAAGCGAAGAUGCCACAUCGCCGCCCACGUCCGCCGAGAAGCCGUCCUCCAAGUUGCCCAGUGCCAGCCAGGUACUCGGCCAGAAAACUGGCAAAGGUGAUGUGUUCAGCAAUCCAUUCCUAGAGGCGGAGCUGAACAAGACCGCCUCUUUGGAGCGCCAUGUAAAAAUGGUUACCAACGAUGAGCAUCUCAAGCAGAAGAAUGGCCUCAAAAUCUGUUGGAACUUUCGCAGAGGACGCUGCCGCUUUGGAACCAGCUGCCAGUAUGCUCAUGAUUCGGACUUAAGUGUGGAAGAACCGGGGACUGCAAAUAAGCCGGUGGAUCCAUCAGCUUCCUUCGUUGGUGUGUCCAGAGAAGUGACUAACAGCAAAAAACGCAAACACCCCGGGCUAGGCGACACCCUGGAGCCGGGGAAGAGGGUUAUAAAGAACUACAAACAGCAUCGUCCCUAGACUACGCCUGCUUCUGUGAUCCGUAGCCGGCAGCUCCCACCCACUGGGCCAUAUGUGUUUGAGAUUACAUUUACCAAGCGAAUGCCAUUGUCCUUACUGGUUGUACGGCUGGUACGGUCAGCGCCUUGCUCAUCGUACCAUACAAUUGGCAUUUCCACAGAAAGCCUCAACGUACACACAGAACCCCAGUGAUCGCCAAGCAUGGGGUCCAACUGCCUCUUCACUGGAACCUCUUCGUUUCUGCCACCGUCAUCUUCGCCGUCAUCAUUAACAGUUUCUGAUAGGAGUAAAAGAUUAUAAUAGAUGUAGCGCUUAUUAAAAUCAUAAGUAAAAUGUA